AUGUGUCCACGACCACCGGAUACCCAACACUGCUGCGGUCCAGUGGGUGGAACACGGGCUCCUGAUGAUGCCUACUCAACUGGCCUCGAGCCGGAAAACGAUAGCGAAGAGGACGAAGUUAACAAUCACUCUGUGCCCCAUAGCAAACCGAAGAAGAUAAGUCUACGAAAAUCUGCAGUGGAGAAAAAUGAGCGAACACGUCGAUACAGGAGGGUUCAACCAGUCAGCUCGUCAAGUGAUGAUGAUUCUGGGAACGAAGAUGAAGUGGAGCCGAUGGAGACUGACCGCACUUCUAUUGAUGAUGCUCACGAUUCGAUGCAUGGCUUAGAGAAGGAAGAUUCGACGGACGACUGCUCCGGUUCUGAUUCGGAGGAGCCAAAACAGGAAGCUGCUAAACAGUCGGCCACCUCUUUGAAUUCGUCAUUGCGUAAAAAGAGACGAGCAAGGUUUGUUUCGAAGAAAGCGCGUCGUCUGAAGGAGUUCCAGAAACGUAUGGCACGAAUGACAAAAGUAGCGGAAAGAAGACUGCAUGAGCUAUCCGAACUAUGUCCGCUUGAGACGAUUCGAGAGCUACGAAACUCGAAGCCUGAUCUAGCAUUGUACACAAACGAUUACGUCGGCAGACCAAAAGUGCGCCAGAGUGACAUGGAUAUGUUAGCAUACAAUGCAGCCCGAGGCGAUUUUGAAUGGGAGUGGUACAACGAUGCUGAACAGCUGAUUAGUCGUCUUAUGAUUCAAGAGUCAUCUGAUAGGGUUGAAGACCUUGAGAACGACAUUAAAUUUGCACGCAUCGAAAAGUAUUACCGUAUUCUCAAAACUCGAAAAUCGUACCGCCGUGCUAUAGUGGAGCACGAUAAGAUUUCGGCAUUUUUCAGAUUCAUGAUGAAUAUGACCAUGGAAAAACGUAAAGCUAGCCAAAUCUUCGCUCAGCGUCCUCCCUUAGAGAAACUGUUAAUUCGUGCUCAGCAGUGUUUAUCCAAAAGAGAGACUGAAGAUUUACGAAGCCAUGUAGAAAGAGCUGAUGAACUUAUGGGAAGGAUUGCGAAGCUCCAAGAAUUGCAACGUAAUGGAGUAACAACUCUGAAAGAAGCCGUGUUCCUGGUGGUCGUGCUAUGCUGGAUGCGCUUUCUAAUGGACUCGCUACCAACACUGAUAUUUCUGAGUACGCUCGUUGAAUUGUACCAAGUGAAGGUGUUGUCGUGGACACAUCUCCUCAACAAAGUGUUGCGAUGUUUUGGAGGACGAAAGACUCACUCGAGGCAACCCUUUUUGUCUUGUUCACUGGAAUUCAAAGCGGAAGAAGUUACGUUUGUAGAAGAAAUAUUAGUCGAAAAUCUUGAUGGUCAACUGCACUUAAUUACGUUUCCGCUGAAGUUCCACAGUCCAUUAGCCGUUCCUGCCAGUCUGUUGCGACGCUUCCGACAACGUGGACGUGUUACUACUCAUUAUAAUGGUGAAACUACAGAGGAAGCUCAACAUGCCUCGUCUGUUGACAUGCCCUUAGCAUCACAAUCGUCUGGAAGUUACCCCGUGAAUGUGGAUGCUGUGCUUGGAGCUAGUACUGUGGAGGACAUUGCGGAUACUCAUCCAGACUUUGCACGUCUUCUGCUAGAUUGCUAUUCGGCUGGAUGCGAUCUCGAAGAGUACAAGCGUGAAUUCCAACGUUUGAAAAAUCUAAGAAUAAAACGGCAAGGAGGAGUCAAUCAAACCUUGAGCUUUUCGCUGUUUCCAUCUGUACCCUCCGACCUGCCGGGUCACUUAUUCGUAAGGUUGCUCAAAUUUCAUUCGGUUUACGAAGGCGCGUGCAGGAAGUACCUGACAGACGUUGUUAAUAAAAGAGUUGAAGCGUCGCCAGGGUUCCCAUACGACUUGUCGACAGUCGGUUUACAAGAUCUUGUUCAGGGCGGUUCUUCCACCGAAUAUUACCGUGUAGAAAACGGAACCCAGUCUGUCAGUGGUUCCUACGUUGCCACCCAUGCUCACUUCGUUGAUCCAUCCGGUGUGGCUCAAGGCAUGUCAUCUGCAGUGGCGUAUUCCCCUGCUUCAAAUAGUCUUUAUUCGCAGAGGCUUUCUCAACACGGAGUACAUUUGAACGUGGAUCGAAACGUGGCAAUGACAGGUCUUCCGGAGUCCACAACAUGCAUGCAACGAAGUACAAUCAAUCAAAUGCAGGAAAGAAGUUCUCAGUCGAGGGUUGCCUCAAUAUAUGUCGAUAGGCGAAUGACAGCCACACCGCUGCCAAGCUGGUCACAACAGUCCAACACUAUUUCUGAAAUGCGUUCUCGAAUGGCCACUCCACUUCCGCCGCUCGAAAUCAAGCAAUGUCCGGUUUUACAAACCGGUCUUCCAACUCCCGUUCUACUCACCGAAAAUCGACAAGCGCAGACGUCGAUUGCCCAUCAUAGGCAUAUGGCGACGCCGAUACCUGGAAUGGAAGGUGUGCAAUCGUACAGUGGCAUGUGUGGCUCGCAUGGUCAGCAUUAUCAGCAAAUGCCAAGCUCUUCUGAAAUACAUGGAAAUCCUACAGACAACAGAGGAAUGAUGGCAUCAACGCCAAUGAUCGGUAGUGUUGAAUCGUUGUCGCAGGCGUCACCAUUUGCUACACCAACCAAGAAACCACGUGCUCGUCGAAAACCAGUUGUCACAUCUCAAGCUCAAAUUCAAGGGCAGCAUGCAAUUACUCUGCAUAGUCGGCAAAUGAACGCGACUCCAAUUCCUGGAUGGCAAGAACAUCAUGCAAAGUCGAAUAUGGGAAUGCAAGGGCAACCACACCAUAUACAACAUAGAAAUCUAAUGUCUGCCUCUGUGACACCGUUGCAGAGACAAUUAAGGACGCCUGUGCCAGAUCAUCGUGAGAUGAUGAAUGCUACCCCUUUGCCUGGAUGGGCACCCAAUCAAAUGGGAAAUAGUAGCAAUCAGGUUGAGCGUAGCCCACUAGUUUCUUCUCUACCUCCGCUGUCUCAAUUUACACCUAUGCAGCAGUCACAGACGCGUCAACUAAAGACACCCUAUCAAUCAAUGCAAAACCGACAGCUUGUGACUUCCGUACCUCAUACUCAGCAGCGUGCCAUGAGUACACAGCCGUACGAGCAGUCAUCCCACACUUAUACGCGAUCGCGCGAAAUGAUGACCCCUGCUCCCUUUGCUCAAACCGAAUCGGUCAGUGUCCCAUAUAUACAGUCGCAGAGUAUUGGAGCAAAUAUAGGAUCUGCCACCGGUGAAAUGUACCCUCAACAAAGUAUCCAGUAUCAAUGGUCAGAAGGCAGCGCAAUGGAUCUGUAUAGUCAGCAAAGACAAUUUGUACAGCAUUCUUCAUAUGGUCAACAGUCGCAGUUCAAUCAGGAGGUAAAUUCUGGAAGUCAGCCGCAGAGUUCCUUUGUUGCUAAUCAGACAGUUCAAUAUCUCACUCCUACGGCGCAUUCUCAAUAUCCGCAAGCAUCUAUAGAGGUUCAGAAAGGAUCUGCUUUUUCCCAGCCAUAUCACUAUGUACAACAGACGUACACUGUUCCGUCCGACUUUCAGCAGCAAUCAUCUUACUCGCAAGAUUCGAACUUCGGUCAAAGCUCUUACCCCCAACGUUCUCCUUUUACUCACCAGCAACAACAACAAACGGAACAGUCACAACAACAACAGCAGAACCAACCGCUCAGUUCCUCACUACAGCAGCACCUUAGCCAGCCAGUGCAGCAGCAGCAGCAACAACCGAUUCUAAGACAAGUGUACGAGAAUUCUGCUCAGUUCGUUCAGCAGUACAACCACUUGGUCCCCAAUUACAGUACCCAGCCUGGGUGCGGCAUGCAGAGCACGCAGCUCACCACUGCCUCAAUGCAAGUUCAUCAAAUGCCGAGAGGUUGCGAUAUUACUAGUGGCAGUCUCUCCCAACAUGACUCAGAUAUCGCGCAUCAAGACCAACAGUCCGCAACCACUUUUGCAGCUGGACUGCUAGAAAUGAAUGUGUCGUCUGGUGCUGGCGUUAUUGUAGACCUUCUCCGAAACGAUGAUCCGGUAACGUCUGGAGUAACUCUGGAUGCCAUUCAAAGCGACUAUACCGGAAUAGUUUCCACAACGAUUACUGAUGCACCUAUUGUCGACUCAAUUAUGGACGGCCAACUGAGAACGUUUGGUAUCACCCAGUGUCCUCCUCCUCCGCGUAAUGACUCUGAAGCAACUGUUCCGGCACGAGCAUCGCCAAGUUCGUGUUCACCUGGACUGAUUGUUGGCGAAGACGAAUCAAACUCGCUAAUACCGAGCUUUUUCUACCCGAAAGAUUUCGUUCAAAACGACUUGAACGAUUUGAGGAUUGAAGAUUCGCCCAUUGAAAAGACUCUAAAUUGUCAGCAUUUCCGAUUUGAUAUAAUUCUUGCAAUGAAACAUCACCGUAUUGGCAAAGAAGACUAUGAACGCACCUUACGUGAGCUGGAUGAAAUGGAAAAAGAGAAAUGUGUCGGACCGCUAGGGGAUUUGUUGAUGAAAAGACUAGGUUUGAAACGACAGAGUCAAUAUACUCGCGAUGGAAAGUUCAGUGUUGAAGAACUUGUCGCUGCAUUUGCUGCAAACGCUAAGAUUCAAGAGUCUAGUGCCAAAAUGCCUGAGCGUAGAAUGAGUUCGGAGUUGUUCAGCGAGUUACUGGAAGACAUCACGCCUGUUCAGUCAAAUACCACCGCACAUCAGUUUAAUUCUAAAUCUUGCCCUGAUUCAUAUUCAACGUCUUCCGUUGUCCCUACUUCCAUGUCUAAAUUGGAUGUUUUGCAAUCGGGCGAGGCCAUGAACGAUCUUGGCUAUCUUCUGUCAGAUGAUGUUAUCGCCGAGUUUGAUUCGAUGUCCGGUUCGAAACCUUUAUCUGCUGGUGUGACGCUGCCAUAUACUCGUACUGACCAGCUAUCUACUGGAUCUCCAUCAUCAUUAGUCCGCAAAGAAGCGCUUCCAGUCGCAGUUCCUGUUAACAAAGAAGUAUCUUUUGAUAAGUCAAAGGGGUCAAAUGACUCUAGUACUUUUCUCACAUCAGGUUUCAACGGAGACAAAACCUGUAAUGAGGUACAUACCCGAAAUGGCAAGUCAAUUGCGAUGUUCUCGUCGUCGCCAGUUCCAUCGCUGUCAACUGGUGAACCUUCCACUUCAUCUCAUGGUUCAGUUCUUUCAUCCAGUCUGCUUGUUCAAGAAAGGACUGCAAAGGAGCUUCGUCCAAAAACUCAAAUUAAGUCCAAAUUCUCCUCACAUCCAGAUGAUCAAGAUACCCCCAGCGUCAAAGUGAAGUCGGCGUUCGGUUGUUCAGUAGCAGUUCCUAGGAGGCUACUUUCUGAAAGCGACCCGGUCUUGAGUAAAACUGCAGAGAUUGGAGCUCCCGCACAAUCUGCAUGCCUAUCAGACGUGUUUCCUACUGAGAGCUAUGGAAGUUUAUCUCCUUUCGUCAUUAGUCCUGAGCCAUUAUCGGAUGAAGAUGACUGGUGGAGGAAGGAUGACGAGACUCCUCCAAUGCUAGGAGGAACACCUUUGAAGAUAAGAGGAGUCACUAAAGACCUGAAGUUGCCAGUGAAAUACUUCGAAAAUCCUAAGCCCUAUGAUUAUAGGGAGAAAGAGACAGCUUUUGCCCCAAAUGUGGAAACGUCUCCAAAGGCAGCUGUUCCCAUCACGAAGCGUUCCCCGAAACGAAUUGAAGAAGAGGGAGAUAGGCGACUGGUUGACCGAUAUCUACAUUCGCCUUCGCCGUCGCAUAAGAUGCAUGUGAAAAGUUUCGGCGAGGACGGAAAUAAUCAAAGCUAUAGCAAGACAAAGCUAGCAGAACAACUAAAGAAACCUUCACAAAAGCUCAACAGAACUCUUUUUAUUUCGGAUUCAUCUUCUGAUGAUUCAGUGAAGGAAGACACUCUCUUGCCCCCCUCCACAUCCCGCGCCCACCAAUCCACUUCACUUCCAUCAUUGCCUUGUGUGUCGCGGAAAAAGUCUUAUUCUCCCCGCGACCAUCAUUCACCGCGUUCGGGAAAGAAGAAAAAUAGAAAAUCCUCAUUGCCUUCAAAGCCAUCCAAAGAAUCAAAAGAACUUCCGCAGAAAUCCGGCAUGUCAAAGGUUGAGCUGUCACGUGAAGUGCUGGCCAAGCAAAUUGCUGACAUAAUUGAAGAUGAACGAAGCAAAUUGCCUCCAGAAGAAGCUAGACUGCAUAGAAGACCAUUAUCCCCUGCGUCUUUAGACGUUGUUAUUCAGGAUUUGAUGCAACAUCAUAUAUCAGAAGACGCUAGUCCCAACAGGGAGCUUUUCGCUUCAAAGUUGCUAGGAACAGAUAUUUUCUCCAAAUUAUUUUUCCGAGCUGGGAAGUGUGUGUUCCGCCACUAUGAAGAGCUAGACGAUUUCCGAAGUAAAGAGAAAGGAAGAGGUCGCAGGAAGGGAGCAGCUACACGUAAGAGAGACACAGAACUGUUGCGUGGAAUAAGAAAAUCUCGUGAAAUUCAAAAGUAUAAGGAUGCCUUACGAGCGGCCAAGGAGCCGUCUGAGGCAGAAAAAAAGGCCGCUGCUGAAAGAGCUAAGUUGGAAGCGAUGCCAUGGUUAGCACGAUCCACCUUCAAACCGGAUGUUCAACAAGGAACCUCAUCACGAUUCGUAAUUCCGAAGAAAUCUAGCAGUAAUAGAAGCAGCGGAGAGGGCCCUAUAAGUCGUGCUACAAGCGAAUAUCAACAGUGCGAAACAGCUGGUGAAACAGAGGUGAAAUCAAGUCAUCACAAAAUGGUAGGAGGACCUAGCGAGCAAUUCAGAAGUUGGUUGACUGGUGAGAAGGUCAGCCUAAGUAGACGAAGCCGAUCACCGCCGACUCAUCCACAGGGAAGCGAAGUCGACAUGCGAGUGAAUCAUGAAGAACGCUUCACGAAUGAUGAACCGCCUACAGAGGGGAGGGUAGUGGAAGUUUCUGCGAACUUUUCAUUUUGUUGGAUGCCAAAGUCGUCUACUUAUAAAGCGAGAGCGAAACAUACAUGGCCUCUGAAAAGGUGGAGAUCUGCAUUUACAAUUUUGGAAGCUAUUGAGGUACAUCGUAACAGUGCAGCUCCAGAAGAACAUUCUGCGAGUGACUCAGUGUUCGAAAGUGUCAUGGAAGAUGUAGACAUAGCAACCAACAGCUUCGCCGAGAUUUGUUUCCAAAAAGCGCCUAUUGUCAAGGAUAGUUCUAGCGCCUCUCAAGCAACAUCAUUUGUUUCGGCAAGAGAAUCAGAACUAGCAGCCUUGGCUUUACAGGAAGAAAUGUCAAGGAAUGANCAGGAUUCGCCGGAUGUUCACUAUGAUGCUUUACGUUACCUGGCGGCAAUGUCUGAAUCGGAAUUCUCUGCUCACAGUGACAGUCAUGGGCCUUCUACUUCACCUCCAGUUGUGAUUAAGGGCUCAAAAACCCAUGAUGGUGCUGCUCUAGAAGUGUUACCAAAAAGAUUUAUAUCGGAUCAAUUGCGAACUGAUCAAACUCUUUCCGAGCAUUCAAGCUGGACCAAAAUGGAUACAACCGAACAACCGUUUUAUGGAACUGGAUUUGAUAAUGAGCCGUGGUCUUUAUCUCUGUCAAAUGCACAUUCUCUGACUUUGGUACGUCCGACAGAAAAUACUCAGUCCAGUAAUUCAACGCAUGGGGAAAAUUCUUUGUACUCGAGCCUGCAGGAAGAGCUCGACACAAUUGUAAGAGAUACCCUUGGCGACACAUUGUACAACCCCGCACCUAUCAGUAACGCUGCACUGACUACGAGAGCACCUUCUUUGGAAAAGUUCGAAUGGCCCAAGGCAGAUGUACCGGUUCGAAGCUAUGCACUUGACAUCGUUCUACCACCUCUAUUGUGUGAUAAAUCGAAAAUCGCUAUUCUGGAUAUGUGUAGAUGUCAGCGUUGCACUACUCGAUGCGAAUAUUUCUGCGAUCAUGAGGAAUGGAAGUACCUCUACGACUACGCUAGGUCUCGUCCGAAAGAACAACAAAAGAGUGAGCUCUGUUGUCGCCCUCCAUCUGAUCAAAUUUGUGUGAAUAAUCUCAACAUUUCGAAAAAGUCAGAGGAGAGGUGCGUUAAAACCAUCAACAAAGUACUUCAGUACACAUCAGGCCGUGACCAGUUGAGUAUAGCUGGCGUUUCUUCAAACCUCUGCACUUUCACUAAGUCUCCAUCUGUUAAAAGUGUGAAAGGCCAUUGGUUGAUUGACCAGCGUGCUUUCGCUUCCAGGAAAUUUAAUAAUGUGUUCGCUAAUUGGAAGCAGUUGGAGAUAUGUCGUCCUCCUUGCUUGGAAGAGGCGAUUGUGGUUCUAAAGGAAUCACAGUAUUAUAGAGGUUGUGACCAUUUCCCAAGCUUUGCUUCACCCAUAUCACUUCUUAUUCGAUGUGAAAAUGAGAUCAAGAGCAGUGCUGUAACUGCCGUGCCGAUUAAUCAAGUUACUUGUCAGGGAACUGCCAUGAGUAUACUUGCUACUCCUGUAGCUGUUCACUUUCAGAGAGGCGGAUCCUCUGCAGAGUACGAACUUUCUAUCUCGAUUCCAAGAAAUGAAGUUUCUAUCUCAGAAAUUGCGGAUCUAUCGCUAUCGUAUGCCCAAGAGAAUGAUGCAUGGGCAGCUAUAGCUACUAUUAAUGUGCCCCGUAAAACAUCCACUUUGCUGAAUAUCGUUAUGCUUAACGUGUCUUACAAUACCCCUCAGUGGAUUACGGAAACGUCUGUGUGCUCAUCCGAGAUAACGUUUACGCAGCCUCGUCUAGAUACCACCAUCUCCUAUAUUCUCCUGACCAAUGUUGUGCGGAAACGGGUUGACUCGAUUCAUACGACUUCUACGAUACAACCGAUUCCUCGUUUGACAACGUUGUCAUUUGCUUGUAUCCGUUCAGACCGAAAUUUCUUGAUAAGUGGACCCGCGCAGGAAGCAAGGACCUCCCUUCCACUUCCGGUAGCGGAUGUCACAUUCUAUAGAACUUCCCAACUGAGAGUACGACGGAGACGUAUGGAUGUGUCAGCAUGCGCAGAUAUCGUUCUUUCCAUUCCUCGUCUAGGAAAUUCCAUUUUGAGCGUCUUCGAACUGAUAGCAGAAGAGAAUCGAGCAGAUAUUCAGGAAGUGACUGUGUAUUCUAUCGCUCUGUCUCAUAAAGAGAAGACUGUUUUGAAUUUAACUGAAAUAAAUUUUCAUCGUUACCAACUGGGAAUCUCAGAAAGCUGGAUAGGAGCAGUGCCCAUACCUCGUAUGGAGUGCACUGCUACUGAGAUCCAAGAACUUAACGUGAAACGCAGGCGUACAGGUGUCACUGCCUCGUCUGAUGCUGUUAUUACUAUUCCGCGCGUGGAAUCUACAGCUUUUAGUGUGACUGAAGCAAAGUUGGUCCAAAUACGUGGGGAUAGCCGUGAAACCUUCGAGGUAGUGUCAUCUGUGCCACGUGAGGAAACUGCUACAUUCAAGUCUUUUACGUUGAAAGUGAAGCGUAUUAACAGGACAGUUAUGGGGUCUGUUAGCUACAGUCAUCCGACUGCUCUCAAGGAAAAAGGAAAUCUGGCCAUUUACAGCACAAAUGUACGACAUCGAAAGAUUAGCGGGGUGGAGGAGCUAUGCUAUUCCCAUCCUGCUACGAAUAUCUCCGAAACGGCAUGCUCUAUCACAGAUCGAAGUUUCGACAUGAUAAAUCGCGAAAUAUUCAUUUUUGGGUCAAACAGGGUAGUGGAUAUUUCUGCAGAAGAGGGCACUUCUACGGACAUAUUUGACGCAAGUGUCCGACGUUCAAGUAAUGAUCAGUUGUCGCUUGUCCAGUCAGGGACGAAAUGUUCAGAUUCAAAUAAGUAUAUAUUAGCAAUGCACUCCUGUGAAGACUUAUUUGAAAAUGAGCCGAGCUUUGAUCAAAUCACCAAAAACAGCUCGGCCCUUGUUCCGAUACCCUGCGGAGACGUAGAAGUUCUUCGUUUGCCUUCUGUUAGAAUGUCGCGGAAAAGGAAGCAUAAGGAAGAGUCGGCUCUAUUUAUGAAGCGAAUAAAGAUUGAAGGUCAAACAGUUCCAUCCAUUACAGAUGAAAGUUUCUUCAAUGAUGCGAAUCGUGUUACUGAAGUUGUACACGUUAAAGAUCCAAGACUGCCGUUACAGUGCUCAAAUACUUUUAUGGAAGUGUCAAUGAAAUGGAGAUGUUUUGCUCAUCAGCAUAUGCCUCACAUUGUUUUUUCUUCGUAUUUGGUAACUCAAUUCGCAACGUUACUUCAACGAGUGUUUGAUGAAGGGGUAGUCCGUUUUACGAUUACCAUGAAGGAACUGAGUAGAUUAAUUGCAAACGUGGAUGGGCGAUAUGACUUGAGUGUUUUUACCAGUCCAGAUAAGGUCAUGGCACGAUCUUCUGAUCCGUCAGGUCCAAUUUGGGAUCGAUUGGUAAAGCUCCGAAUGCAACGUAACUCUACGGAACUGCUAAAUCGUCAAGCAUUAGCACCGUUAUAUAUAUUUUUGGGCUUGACGAGUUUUCCACGACUAGGGAAACCCUGGCGUAAGUGGCUUAAACCAGUUGAUGCCACCACGGAGUCAAGAAUUGGUUGUCAACUUGCUCUUUGUAUGCGAAUACCGGAUCUUGUUGGAGUUGAUGAUAUGGACCCAAAAUUGCAAGCAAUCAAAAUGUGGUGGACAUUCAUGAUGAUUCGUGGAACGCUGUCCUGGUAUAUCUACCCUUGUUUUUCCCGACGUCAGUUAUUCCUUCUUGUCCGUCUCCUGGAGGCGCUCCAAGAUGUGGAACAUCCGCCAUUCUGUCUCUAUCCACCAAAAGUGUUUUUCAAAGCUGUUAAAAAGGUACUUCGUCAUCCACGUUUGGAUCUUAUUCCAAAGGAUGUCUAUCACCCGGAUAUAACAACUAUGGCUACGCUGCUGAAAAUGAAGCGUAGUAGGGUAUUCCACGUGGAUCGAUCGCUACCCGAAUUACUAUCACAUUGGAUGGACGAUAUGAAUAAAAUUGAUGCAUAUUUAGCGGCCGAUGUGAAGGUGAACAUUAUGAGCCCUUCGAGUUUCUUGACUCAAAGCGAGUGGGUAUGGAAGAAUUUUAGUCGAGGUUGUGUGCCUGACAGUAUGAAGUACGACCGCAGCGUUGGUGCAGAAGAGAUAAUGAAAAAAUUAGCGGAUUGCGUUGCGGAUGUCAAUUUAACCAUUGACCAUCGUAAACGGAUCUCUGCGUUGAGGACUGCAAUAGGUGCAUGGUCUAAUUAUGAGAGCGGGCCUUCAGUCGAACAGAUUCCUGUAGAUAUAAUAAAUCCAUUCGCGUUAUCUGCUUCGUUCAUUGCUUUGCUGCCGAUGCCGGAAGGUUUUGUUGAUGAGUGCUUCACAUUCCUCGAAAAGGUGGUUUUCAUGUUGCUAUUCAUUUAA